ACCAUGGAGCCCAGGGUGCUCUGGCUGCUGGCGGUUGUCCUGGCCUUGGGGUUCUCCAGCUCGGCCGGGGAGUUCGUGGGCCUGUCGGCCAGCCAGUGUACCGUCCCCGCCAAGGACAGGGUGGACUGCGGCUACCCCAAGGUCACCCCCGAGCAGUGCAACAACAGGGGCUGCUGCUUCGACUCGAGCAUCCCCCGGGUGCCCUGGUGCUUUAAGCCCCUGCAGGAGACAGAAUGCAAAUUUUGAAGCGAUGCCUGCUGCCGGUGGACACCUUGGGAUGUGACCUUCCAUGCUCUGGGCACCCUGCCCCCCGUUCUCAGCUCGUCUCUGCUUUCCUAUCACCCUGCUCCUGGCAAGCAAUUCUGUGAAAAUUAGUGUCUGGGGCCUGAUGUCUUAAAGAAUAAAGAUCCCAUACUUGGUAUGAGGACAGGUCUUCCUUCCUGAGA